AUGGAGAGCCGCUCGGGCAGCAUAAAGGACCCGAUUUACUACCCGGAGAACGACGGCGCGUCAAACGACGGCGGCGGCAGCUGUGGCGAACCGGCUGACAAAAGUCAGCGCAGCUCGCUCAAUAGUCAGGAGAUCAGUCUGGACGACGGCAAUGCGCUCAAAGUGCCGCGUAAAUUCAUUACCAACUGGCGACAGGCCUGCGAUCGGACUCGCGAUCGCACCAAGGACCUGCUGAAGAGAUGGAGAACAGCCAGCAGCAACGUCGACGAUGUCGCUAUCGCGCCCGUCGUCGCCCCCGAACUGGAACAACCCAGCUGGAGCGUGCACGUUUGGACAACUUGGGUGAGCCGUUUUCCGAGUGACGACAGUUUGUCCGCAGUUAACGAAUUCAAAGGGGGUUCUGAGACCUUAGCACCCAUACAGCGCGAUAAGUUCUCGCAUUUUUUCACAUAUCUUUUGGACCUAGAUAAAGACGGUUACAUCAGUCGAAAAGAUUUUUCGGUUCUCUCAGAGCGUUUGAGGAGAUUCGCGGACUGGUCGUGGAACGGUCCGGAAUAUUUGAGGCUGUUGGAGAUCGAGAACGGAUUUGCCAGUUUGAUCCUUCAAGACAAAAAGAUGCCCGUGGAUCCUGACAAAAAGAUCGAUCUCGACGAUUGGUUGUCCUGGUGGGCGCAGAUCGUCGCGCCAGCGGACGGUGCUACUUACAGCGACAUGCCGUUCUGGAUCAAAGUUAUGCCCAGAGUGUUCUUUCUCGCCAUAAACAGCUCCGGAAGCGGAAUGAUCAGCAAGAAAGAACUCGCUGCUUUUUACAGCUCCGUCGUCGGCCUAGACACCGAAAGGAUAAACAAGUGUCUGGACAUCGCGUACAACUCUAUGACUUCGAACGGAGAUCAUCCUCUCGCCUGGACGCAGUAUCAGUUGGUGUUCGCCAACUUUCUGUUCGGUCGCGGCCCGUUCGGACCGGGGGAGCAUUUUCUGGGCAUGACCGAUUCCUGCAUGAUACGCGGCAAUACCAUACCGUUCCCCAUCGAUUAUUCCGCGAUGAACACACCGCGGGACAAAUUAGAAGUUUACAGUCCUCACUGCAAGAGCAACAGGCGGAGCGUCAUAGUCUAACGAUGAAGUCAUCGUAAGAAAAGUUCCUUCUAAUUAGUGACGCGACGUGCACAAUCAUUUCUCGAGUGCCUGAGAUACCGUGUAUAUACACACAUACAUACAUAUAUAUAUAUAUUUGAUAUAGAUUUAUUUUCUAGUCCGUUCUUUGAGGAAGAAGAAUCUUAAAUAAGAGACUCGAAAAGCAAAUUACAAUUUACGUCCUGUGUGUUCUCCUUGCACAAUUAUUCCGAUGCAAACUCGACGUUCUGUCCCUCGAUGUAUGUAUCAUCACACUGCCAUUUUAUUUCGCGGGAGCAAUAGCGAGCACCUUCUCAGACAUAUCAGAGAACGCACGUGUAUUUUUACCACAAGAUUCCAAGUAUUGAUAGAAACGUAGAGCUAUAGAAUAUGUAAAAAAAAAAAAAAAACUUUUACUUACCCAAAGAGCGCUCGAUUGUAACGUUGAUGCAAAUCUGAUCUGGUGGUUAUUUGCGUGUACAUAGAAAUAUUGACUCGUUUGACGAAAACAAAGGGGGAGAAAGACGAUUACGUACGAUACUUACAAAAUUUAUUUAUAAGCGCUUGGCACUUCUACAACAUGUCGUCAUCGAUGCAUGAUAUACAUUAUUAUUAUUGCGUGAAAAUUUGACUUUCGCAUGCAUGAAAAAACGAGCGCGCGCGCCUCUCCAUGCAACAAACAAUUAUUAUUAUUAUUAAUAUUAUUAUUAUUACAUGCCUAUGAAUAAUGAGAAAAAAUAACGACGCGAUUUUUCCGACUAUAUAUGGUCUCUCGUACUUAUACAUUAAAUAUUUAUAAACGACUCUAUGUAUAUCCCC